AUGGACAGUUCGGAUUUAUUGAAGGAUGCUAAAUACAAAGGGUUUGUCGCACUGGUCGACAAGUCUUUAAAAGGCUUUGAAUACUCUACAGAAUGGGCUGAUCUAAUAUCUGCUCUUGGGCGUCUUAUCAAAGUCAUUCAGUCAAAUACAAAAUCUGGUUACAUCCCCCGAAGUUUUGUUAUUGGUAAACGUCUUGCUCAAUGUCUUCAUCCCGCUCUACCAGCUGGUGUUCACUGCAAAGCACUAGAAUGCUACGAUGUGAUAUUUCGCACUUUGGGACCUGAACGUGUGGCUAGUGAUUUGCCUAUUUAUGGUUCCGGUUUGUUUGCUUUACUUGAACCAUCUGCUAUGACGGUUAAACCACCACUGUUUGAUAUAUAUGAAGAACACUUACUUCCUCUUGGAAAAUCACUUCAUCCACCAUUCCUGGGAUUGUUAAAGGGCCUGUUACCGGGAUUGGAACCAGGUGCGGAGUUUUCUGAACGUGGCAAUCGUAUGCUCGAAAUGUUUAGUGUCUCUGUGGGACCAGCAUUCUUUUAUACAUGCCUAUGGAAGCUUUUAAUUCGAUCUCCAUCGAUUCGGCAGUAUGGAAUCUCGUUUGUUAUCAGUCACCUGAAUAGGCGUAAACCAUUAGAUACUCAAAGUUACAUUUAUGGGUUGGAUAAAAAUAUUCUUGUGGAGAGUUUAUGUUGUCUGUUUGGUGAUAGUGUUCUGCUGGUACAACGUGAUGCUCUUGAUUUUCUCCUGUUUGCAUUACCAAUCCAUUUUCAUUCAACAUCAAUCACAAAUACAAAUCCAUUCAACUUUAUUACUGGUGAUUCACUGACUAUGAAAGAUUUUGCAGUAUUGUGUACAUCAUCAUUAUCUAUUUUAUUACGUCGUGAUGCAUCAUUGAAUCGUCGUUUAUUCACUUGGCUUAGAGGUGGGCAAUUAGUUGAGGGCAUGAUUAUUAAUGAAGAGGAUAAUCAUGUAAAUGGUGGUGUUGGUAAAUCAACAACAUGGGCGGAUGUAGUUAUUCAUACAGAAAAUAGUAAACAUUUAUCGACUGCUAACAACGAACAUGAAAAUACUGAUGAAAAUUUCACUGCUCAACAAUAUUUUAAACUAUACUCACAAAAAAUUCUUAUUGAAGCUGUUCGUCGUUUAAUGCAUAGUCCUAUUUGUGUACCAGUCCCCUGUCAACCAAAUGAAGAUAAUCUAAGCUAUUUUUCUAAAUCUGUUUUUGGAUCAGAUUUUUCUGCUUUGGUCAUAGAAAGAGGUAUUUAUGAGCGUCCAUUUCGUGUUUUGGCCGGUCUUACCGAUAAUACGGAUAUUACAAAUGGGAUUUUAGAUAAUAUCUUAUUAGAUAUUAUGUGGUACACAUAUAAAAAUUAUUUAAAAUUACGUUGGCAGACUACAUGUUGGUUAAAUUCUAGUCAAAUAACAAGCCUACGUCGUGAAUACACUUCAACUGUAUCAGAUUUAGUGAAUCGUCCUAGUUUAAAUGAAACUUUAUUAUCAAGCAAUAUGAUCAGUUUAAUUAAAGAACAUAUUUUAAUUCGUGACAGCGCAAAACCAUCCAGUUUACGAAUCGAUGAUCAAAGCAGGCAUGUUUCGACAUUGAAUUCAGAAUAUGAUACAUUUUCUACAAAUGAUUCAGUGGAUAGAGAGGAUUCACUAUCACCUCUUUCAACUAGUAAAAAGUAUUCAAACCAACCAGUUAAUCAUCAUAAUGAUACUAGUAUAACUACAAAUGUUGUUGAUGAAUUCCUACGUACAGCACACUUAUUUUUUAGUAAUAUGAAUAAUGAAUUUUUAUGGAGAUUUAUUGAAAAUCAGUUUACUGAAUUAAUAAAUAUGUCAGGGAAAAAAGAAGAAAUUAUGUUAUUAUCAUCAUCAUUAUCAAUAACAAGAACAACAAUGAGUAUAGACUAUAAGGAUUGGGAACAGCCAAUAUUAAAAUUAUCAUUAAUUCAAUGGUGUUCUGUAAUACAUUUUCUGUUGAAUUGUUUACCAAUUGAUAUGUAUCCUGGUGUUUGUGGUUGUUACCUACCGCGUUUAAUCACUCAUUUAACUAGUUGUCUAAUUGAGAAGCUUCAAGGUAAUUGUGAAAAUGGUCAUGGUUAUCAUCAUCAAUCUAGUGAAAAUAUAUUGUCAAGGGAAAUCAACUCUACAGAUUAUAGAUUGACACGUUCAGAAUGGGCCAGUAUAAUUGGUUGUUUAGAUACAAUUGUACAUCAUAUACGAGAGUAUGUAGUGACAAUGUUUGAUCAACUGUCAAUUCCAGUAAAUUUUAAACGUCAAAUAGAAAAUAAUCAAAUUUCUGAAGAGUUAAUGAUUAUAGCAAAAGCUGUUGGUCAAUUUCGACGCUUUCUUGGUAUAUUUUGUGUUCAUGUUCUAAAUUUUUCACCAAUGAAGAUGAAUGAAUUUGUCCAUAAGAUCUGUAUGGACCAAUGUCAUCAAGAUGUUUUCCUAAUCAAUGAAGAACACAAAAUGAACAGUAAAUGCGGAACUUUAGAAGAAGAAGAAGAGGAAAGGAAUAGAGAAAAAUUGAUACCAAAGCAUGAUUAUCAUUCAUGCUCAUCAUCGUUGUCGUCAUCCUCCUCCUCGUCGUCAUCGUCUUCGUUGCCAGUCAGUUUUAUUGAUCUUUUUGCAGACAUUUGUCGUCUUAUCGUAGAAAUGUCCAAUUUCCCCUUACCUAUUUUUCAUCAGUCUACAAAUUCACCAAAAGUGGCAAAUAUUACAACAAGACCAAUGAUAUCUAAUAAUUUUUAUGAUCAUUUCAAUCUUAGCUUUUUAGAUCAUUUUGGCGGUGAACUUAUUCAACAUUCGGAAUCAGGUCAAUUCAUCUUACCACAAUGGCUUGUCUGCUUAUUAUAUGCAUCAAGUGAAUUGAAUGAUUUCGAUAUAAAAUCAAUUGCUUUGUAUACACUGAUUGAAUUAUUCCAUGCAGCUGUUUCUAUUCAUGGUUGGAAUACAGAAUUCAAUUAUCCCUUGAAGAAAACUAAUGGUGCUAGUAAUGACCAAUCGAUUGAUUUAAACAACAAUAAUAAUGUUACCAGUAAUGAUAGUGAUAGAAUGGAAGUACCACUCACUGACAGUAAACAACAAACAACACAUCAAGGAAUGCGUUUAAUAUUUCCAGUUUUAAGUGGAGAAUUAAUGGCUUAUCUUUGUCAAAAGACAAAUUUAUUUACGUACUUAGGUGUUUCAUUAUGGAAUUAUCUAUCCCCCGAAUAUUCUGCAUUUCAUGAGGACACUGCAAGUUUACUAGUACGCUUGCAUCAGUUAGCUCCACCAUUACCUAAGUCUACUUAUGAUAUUGACCAUUUGACUCCGGGUCCAUCUGGAUUCUCAUCUACUAUCAGUUCUUGUAUUGAAGGAUUUAUUCUUUCACAAAUGCUUUCAUCGAAUUUACACAUACAAAUUAAUGCAUAUUCACGUUUUAUUCUACUAUGGCAUUUAAUGCGAUAUUAUGGUUCACGGAUUCAAUCAAAUUCUAAUGGAUUAGGUAGUUCUGUGACUACUAAUUCAGUGCAACAAUUUACAUCAUUGAAUAAACGAACAACAUGUUCUCCAGUUCAAAAUUCAUUUCAAAUGAGUGGAUUCUGUGGUUCUAUGGCAGCUGUAUCAUGGAGACGUAACUUUCUUGGUUCAGCUUGUGUUGAAAAAUAUGGUAUUGAUGCUUCAUUUUCAAGUUUAGGUUUGUAUGAUAUUCCUUUCUACAGAUGUACACUUCUACUAUUGGACAACUUGGACUAUGAUAAUCCAUGCGGUCCAGUCGGUUCAAUUGGUUCCGUUGGUUUACUGAAUUCACAAAUGUUUCAGUGUAACGCCAAACUAAAUGUCAUGGACAACAGAUGUAAUAGAAAUGAUGAAAAAGAUGAUAAUUGUCAAGAACAUGAUCAAAUUGAGCAGCCAAAUGGUUUUAGUAAUGCUGUUCUACGAGAACAGUCUAUUGUAUGGAUGGAGAAAGCUUUGAGAACUGGUCAAGUGGAUCGUUUGAUUGCACCAAUCUUGGUAGCAUUGUUACAUCCAGCAACAGCUAGAAUUAGCUUGAAAGCGCAUGUAUUAAAACAUUAUUAUCAACAGAUGACGGCAGUGAAACAGUCGAAAACACUGAAUACAACCUCGAAAACACUUCAAACGAAAGAUGCCGAUUGUCAACUGCCUUCAUAUGAAGAGGCUGUUAGUGAAAUUUGUGAUAUGAAAGUGAAGCAAUCUGAUCUUAAGACUGAGAUUUCACGUCCUAACCAAAGUGUACAAUCGGAGAAGUUCAAUAAUCUGAUUAAUUCAAUUCAUGCAAGAUUUCGUCGACGUUGUUCUCUAGAUGAAUCAGUUGAUGAAAAAGAUAUGAAAGAUAUACAUAAUACAAAACAACAAGUUGCUGAAGCUGUCCUUAACUCUGUACUCUCGAUACGUUUAAUGCAAACGGAAGAAAGUAAUUCAUUGUUGGAUUAUGUAACCGAUUGGCACGAAGAUUCUGGUCCACUUUCAAUGUUACCAGUCAACGAACAUGUAUUAGUGUAUCUUCAGAAUUACGAUUCCAAUCAAGUUAUUUACGCUUUUUCUCGUCUACGAGCUAUUCUAUGCAUAGCACCUGGCCUAUUUGUUCGCUCACUUGCAUCGUGUACAAUCAAUUCAUUGUUGUGUUUUAAUUUCUAUGGUUUAAAUUUUGUGGAACUCUUGUCUAGGCAUCGACGUUCAUUGGGUGGUUACAAUUUCUAUACAAAUGCUACUUCAGAUGAAUUAAGUUACUCCUUACAAGCUUAUACAAAUCUAUUAGAAUUAAUUAUAGACUUAUGUUUACAGUAUAUGUGCAGCUAUCUACCCUACAUUACUACAACUACUACAAUCACAACAAAUAAUACAUCAUCUACAGACAAUGUUGACAAUGGAUCUGUUAAUUUUGGACGUCGUCAUGGUUUUUCAAGACGUGAAUUUCGUGCUAAUCAAUUUGUUCAAAAUACAGCCGCUGAAAUCUUAGAAUUAAUUGUUAAACAAUUGAUAUGCAUACAGGAUGAAUGUAUUAAUUCGUCAAUGAUGGAUUCCUUAUUAAAGUGUAAUUCUUCUUCAACUCUAUCAAGUGUUAAACAUGUUUCAUCUACUACACGAACUUCUGAAACAUCAUUGUAUGCAAUGGGAUCUGUUUUAUCAAAUUCUUUAACAUUUCCUUCUAUACUACAUCAAUUUAAUGAACGUCGUCUAGUACAAAACACCUUGUAUCAUACUUGUUUACCAUCAGUUGUUCUCCAUUGUCUAGCUUCUUGUAUUACAAAAGUACAUUGGCCUAAAAAUAAUCAUAAAAUAUGGUCUGAUUAUUCAACAUCGAAUGGGAUUAGAAAACUCCCUACCUGUCUGCAAUUAAUCCUUGUAAAUGAUUUAUUAUCCAAUUUACCGAAUACCUUUCAUACUACACAAUUGCAAAUGUUGUUGAAACUAUUCAAUGGAAUACUUCAUCUAAGACCAUGGUAUGGUUACUCUGAUCGUAUGUCUUUAGUGAAGCAUCAACAACAGCAACAGCAACCACAGAAUCAAUCCUCAGCAGAAUCGUUCUACUACAAUAGUUUACUAUGGCCAGUUUGUCAAGGCAUUCUAUUGGAUAGUGAAUCAACUAUUCAUGAUUUGCCAAUGCACUGUAUGGCUGAUAUAUGGUCGAAAGCCUGUAAUAAAUUACCCAAAUGUAUAAAUCGUGAACCAUUAUUUCGUACAAAUUGUCUAACUGCAUUAUGGUAUAUUCCAAAAACUGCAACACGCUUAGAUUUACAUCUAAUAUGGUAUCGUUUUGUAUUCGAUAGUUUAUCCUAUUGGGGUUGGUUUGUUGGAUCCUUGGUUCGUGUAACUGUAAAACAGGCGUGUUUAAGUUUGAAUAAACUAUCUGAUCGAGCUUUACAAGAUAUACAGGCGUGGAAUACUAUGAGCUCCCAUAGGAGAUCGCAAUUAUCAAACAGUGCAGAAUGGAAUCUCUUACCACCUGACUAUACUUUAACGUCAUUGGCUUUAAUUCAAGGUAUUUGUCAUGCAUUUCUCCUUCCAGGAGGUAAUGCCACCUUAUCUGCGAUGUCGUUAUCUCGAAAAGUGCCUCCCCCACAGACAAGUAACCCAUCACGUGUUAAUCCACCAAGUACCGGUUAUUUAUCUGGUCUACCGGAUUCAAUUGAAUGUGCUGUAGAAAUUGCUGAGAUUCUUAGUCAUCAUAAAUCGAAUCCUCCAACUUCUAGUGGGCCGUCGAUUGAGACCACAAAUAUUGUACCAGUGUUUGAUCCUUUAUUCCCAUCUCCAUUAACAGAAAAUGUAGACAAUUGUUCAAAUCCAAUUACAGUGAAUUCAUUUGCGGAUGGUAUUUUGACCACGGAGCCAGCUGUCAUUUUAACUUCUGGUGGAACUAGUGAUGAUAAACCUGAAAAUAAGGAGGUUCCAGUUCAUUCUCCAAAUGCUACCGUAAUCUUUCUUAAUCGUGUAAAAAAUUCUCAGAAUGUCAAUAUCAAAGAUGAUAUAUUAAAUCCAGAUUAUCAUCCUUUUAUACAAGCUCAAUCGGAGUUACUACGUUUAAUGCCUGAUAUAUUUACUAGUUUAUCUAUGCUAUGGAAUGCAUUUAAUCAGUCACCAUUAUGCCAAUCAAUUAAAACAAACUUUUACAAGUCAACUGCUGUAAUGAACAGUCGUUAUCCAGAUAAAGAGCAUUGUCCAUCCUUAAUGAUAUCUAUUCCACCGGAACGACUGCCAUCACUGAUUAGUCUUGGUUCAGCCAGUCUUGUACGUGGUGCUAUUCGUCGACUGGUUAAACCAAUUGCAGCACAACAUCCUGACUUAGUAUUGUUGACAUCAGCUGUAGCAUGGCCGAAUACAAUUUUCGAUAGUGAGACUGGUGGUCUACUUCCUGGAAGUGAUACUUUAGUAAACUAUGGCCCAUUGGAUAUGCUUAUACCGAUAAGAAUGAGAAAUGAUAGUGGAACAUCGGAGAGUUAUUCGAUCCCUUUGCAUCAAAAACAAACUAGCCUGUUGGAUUUAAUGACUGGUCGAACAUACGAUGAUAAACAUUUUGGUCCAGUUCUACCGGCGACAAUAUUAAUCAAUAAUCUACGUGAUUCUAUUCGUCGACCAAUGAACAAUACAUUUUUGUCGAAUUUAAUCAAUUCGGGUUAUUUGUCUCAAAAUACUAAUUCUGUUUUAUCCUCUUCCACAUUAUUCUCCUCUACUUCUAUGCUUUCUUCAUCACAAGAUGUAAAUACAACUAGUGGAUGUAAAGUUUUAAAUGGUAAUUCUGCGUUGAAUAUUAUCCGUGUACAAAUUUGUUUGUUACACUUAUUCUAUGCAUGGCUUAUCAUGAGGCCAGAUUUUAUAUCAUCUGAUUUAUUGCUUAUCUUGAUGAGAGAUUUAAUCAAUAUGCCAGUGAUGAUAAACUUCAAUAGUGUCAAUACUUCCAAUUCAACAUCAUCAUCGUCAACAGGUCUUCCACCGGUAGCAAUAUUCAUUCUUAUCAAAAUUUUCAGCAAGUUGUUAGAAACAGCUACUGCUAACGAUGAUAAACGGGAGCAAAAAGAAUUACAAGAAUUGUGUCAUCGACUUCUUGAAGCUACAGCAUCUAUCGCUGCAUCUGCUUUGCAUCAACCAUCUUGGUUUCGUAAAACACUACAAGUUCGUCAAAUAGAUGGUGAUCUUAACAGUACAACAACGAAUUCAAUACCAUCGUCAAAUUCUGUUGAUUUAGUGGAUCGUAUAUCUCUGUCUGGCUCUGAAAUGUAUGAAACAAAUCUUAAAUCUGAUCGAAUUGGAACUACAUCUAGUCUAACUAAUUCGUAUUCAUGUACAACGCAACAAUCGAAUGGUACUAAUUGUGUGUCCAGUAAUGAUACAGGUUGUUCUACUAAGGGAUUAUUUUAUGAUAAUUUUUAUAAUUCAACAUUACCAUUAUCUUCCUCAUCCUUGUGUCGGUCAAAAUCACGUCAUUCUUCACUGAAUUUGUUUACAAAUGAAGUGACUCGUAUCCGAAUGCGUAAUGAUGUUACAAUACAAGCUAUCGAGCUACUAACAGAGAAUAUGGCAAUAUUUUUAGACUUGGUGUAUAGAAGUGAUGAAAAAGAUCGUGUAUCAACAUUUUUAAACAAUAUCUUGUACAAUAUUUUCCCUUAUCUUCGAGUUCGAAUGUUAAGCAAUUCUGAUCAUUUCACUGUGGCUAGUAAACUGAUUGCAUCUAUCAGUAGUUAUCAAUACACACGAAAAUCAUGGCGUCGUGAUGUUCUUGAUUUAUUCUAUGAACCAGUAUUCUUUCAAAUGAGUCCAGUUGCAUUACAAAAAGCUUUAGCUCGUCUUGUAUUUGCUCAACCGGGAGGUUUAAAUUUAUUUACAAACAAAGAAACUGAAUAUGAACUACGAGCUGCUUGCUUAAAAAAGCUAUCCUAUUUAGUGUAUGCAAGUGAACCGGAUCAGUAUGCUAAAGCAAUGCCUGACUUAUUGGAACGCCUUACAGAGUGUCUACGAUUAGGUCAAGGCAUAAUUCCAGUUGUACAUGCUCACGUAUUUCUAUUUGCUCGUGUCUUGAUAUCUCGUAUGUCAGCUAUGCAGUUAACUUCUCUAUGGCCAAUAGUUAUACCAGAAUUGUUCCUCACGUUCAAAUCACUGUCGCAAACAAUUCAUGAACAUAUUUCUAGAAUUCAUACAAAGAAAUUGAAGUCAGAUAGUUCAUCAUCAACAUUCCUAUCUGCAUCACAAAUGAAUUUAUAUCUUGGCGCGUGUAAAUUUUUAGCCACCAGUUUAUUAUGUCCAGAAAGUAAAGUGCCACAAUUUUCUUAUUACCAAUGGGUAUUCGUUAAAAACUUUACUCUUGAUGAUCUACCUGACCAUGGGAAAGUUCAAGAAAUUACUGGGUCAAACAAUCGGAAAGCACCAUCGUUUGUUCCUCUCCUUACAGAUGUUCUCAUACAAAUUGAAAAGUUACAAGAAGUUGAUAUAUCGAAUGGUAUUGAUAUGACAUCUGUGGACAAUACACUCACACUAUAUCAAGGUUGUUUCAAUCUACUGGCUUUAGAUAAACUGAUUAACAUUUUUGCACUGAAACCGUUUCUUGAAAGUUUGAAGAAUAAUUCAAAUAUUGAUUCAUCAAAGAAUGUAUCUGUCAAUGACUGUCCGUUACGUGAUAAUUUCCUUCUAGAAUUGGCGUUGGAAGCAUCUCUUGCUCAAGAGUUUCCAGAAGCAAUUGCUUCACGAUAA